GGCGAGGAGAGAAGAAAACACGACCGGAGAGGGGAGACAUAACGUGUUAAAUUACUGUACGACGGUAAAUAAAUUCUGAAAUAUACAUUAACUCGGUAAUAUUUUAUUUACGCUAUAGCUGAAUACUGUAUACGAUUGAUAUUAUGACUAAGCGCCGUGUCGUUAUCAAACAACAUCACUAUCGGUUACAAAUCUCACCAUAAGCGGAUUGGUUUAGCCCUUUUUAUUAACGGCACCCGAUCCUGGCGACUCUCAGCACCCCCUCCUCCGCGGACCGACAGAAACGCUUUACCAUCAAAGCGAUCUAAUUAGCUACAUUUUAUUAAUUUUAUCAGUCUAAGGAUAAGUACUGGAAUGCGAAAUGUAAACCAGACCCGAGUCUCUUCGCGUAUACGAUAACCAUUAUCGAGUCUUUAGGUCGAGCAUCCAGUCAUGUUUCUUUUGCAUCAGCUGCUGCAGAUCUCUGUGCUGCUGGAUGUGACGUGGUGGCUGGUGGUUUCUGCCAGCCCUACCGAUGAUAAUGUACUGCGGGCCGGCCAUGGAGAGCACGGAGAACCGGGCCAUGAAGAACCCCAUAAAGAUUCUUACAGCACAUUCGCCUCCGAGUUUCUCGAAUCCAGAUACCUCUCAGACGAAGGUUACCCCUUCCCAACUGCACCCCCUGUAGACCCGUUUGCCCGCAUCAAAGUUAGUGACUGUGGAAUAACCAAAGGAUGCAUCAGAUAUGGCAAACCAGGCUGUGACGCAGAGACCUGUGAAUACUUCCUGAGUUUCAGGCGCAUUGGCACAGAUGUGGAAUUUGAGAUGAGUGCAGACACCGAUGGAUGGGUUGCUGUCGGUUUCUCCUCUGACAAAAAAAUGGGAGGUGAUGAUGUCAUGGGCUGCGUUCAUGACGAUAAUGGACGUGUACGGAUCCAUCAUUUCUACAACGUGGGCCAGUGGGCCAAAGAGAUCAAGCGCAACCCGGCGCGGGACGAGGAGGGCAUCUUUGAAAACAACCGCGUCACGUGCCGCUUCAAACGGCCUCUUCACGUGUCGCGGGAGGAGACGCUGGUGGACCUGCACCUGAGCUGGUACUAUCUGUUUGCUUGGGGACCUGCCAUACAAGGUAAAGAAAUUGAGCCUCAUUUUAAAAGAAUAGUUCCAGUGGAUCCAGUGACAGGUGUCAUCAGGAUGAGAAUCUAAACAGCUGAUAAAAUAUUCACAGUUUACAGGCAAAAUAUAAAUAAAUUAUGGAAAACUGUUUCUGUUGGUAGGU